AUGGCUAGUGAGACCAAAAUGAAUUUGAAGAUCCUAGUAAACGAAAAGACAAACAAAGUGGCGUUUGCUGAAGCAGAGAAAGAAUUUGUAGAUUUCAUCUUCUCCAUAAUGUCGUUGCGCCUUUCAACUGUCACAAAAUUGCUCACUCAGGAAUUAGGCAUGCCAGAUAUCAGCACAGAUUAUGUGCUGAAGCCAACUGCUAUUAAAGUUCCUUUAUUGUCACUCGAUGAUGUCCCUUAUCUAGUAACAUAUUACAAGUGUGAUAAGCAUCCUGACCGUGUUAGUGAUCGCCGAGGGACAGUUUGUCCCUUUUGCAAGACUGGCUCAAUGACGUCUGAGUUUAGCUUAAAAUAUGUUCCUCCAAGUCAAUUGAGCCCACAAUCAUCAUGGACAUUUUCGGAUCCUGGAUUUGUGAAAGGAGGGGGAACUUAUAUGGUGAUGGAUAAUUUGGAGGUCAAACCGAUGUCCAUCUCCCUCAUAAGGUCCUUUGGUGGGGAUUUCAAUUUCUUGGUUGAGAAAUAUGUUACGCUUGGUUGCAAAGAGGGACUAGCAAUACUGAAGGCCUCUUUGGAGAAUCAAGCUGUGCUCACUACUGUCUUCCUUGGAAAGGAAGAAACGAAGUAA